CUCUGCACAAUUUAACCCUAGCUCUCGAUCGCAACGGUCGCGUUUGAGAAGCGUCGUGCUAGCUUGUCUGGUGCUUGUUACCGAUCAACCCCUUUCUCUCAGGUGCGUGUUUGCGGUGCGUUCAUAUACUCCAGCAGUGUAACGAAAGAAGUGUUUGAAAACAAGUCAAUUUGACUCUUGCCAGAUAAGAUACUGUACGAUCGACACGCUUGAUAUCGUUAUUGUCGUUGGACGGUCAAUGUCCCCCUUUCGGUGCGUUCUAAUUUGCGUGUGCGUUGCUUACGACGUGGAAAGCUAACUAGAACCGAUCACCGAGCCAGACACCCAGCUCCAGACACGAUCGUGAUCCAUCUCGCUGCUGCAUGAAGUUAUGCGCAGUUGCUCUCACUUAUCACAACACAGCACACUAUCUAACCACAGGCGUCUGGUUCGAACAGCAACUGUGAUCAGUACUGUGCCUCUUUCCCAAGUGCGUAUGCUCAACCAGGGGUGUGUUUGUGAGUUUGCAUUUUAAUCUAUACUCAGUGUGCGUUUCGUGUGGGCCGCGCUUAUCUGCGAGUGAAGCUUGACACUUGCGUUCGUCCAAGCGCGCUGUUAUCAGUGAGCAAAGAGAAAGAAAUUGGCAAACGACAACAACCCACCGGUUUGUUCGGGGAAAAAGGGCCGAGAAAGGGAAAACUGUGUCCAAGAAAUAGAAGCAAAAAACAAACCUACCCCCAAGCGUGCAGAGUGGUUCCAGUUUGAGGAAAGCCAAAACUUGUUUCGUUUCCGCCGGAGCACGAAACUGACGGGAAGUCUUGGUCUUGGCUUGUCGCGAAAUAAGUGUGUGAGUGUAUGUUGAGUCUGCCCUGUUAAUUCGCGCGUGCGGUGUGUGUAGCGCCCCGGAGGAUAAAAACGUAACCUGCCUACCAGUGCUCGCGUUAUCUUCAUCACCACCGUCUGCCGUUGCAGACUCGUUCCGGCCUCUGUACCUCGGAGACUUACAUCGAGGAAAAAAGAAUAAUAUUCCUCUUUCGUCGGUAGAACUUGCCCUCCGAAACGUUCCACCACACAAUGACACAGCGCCAAAGUAAAGGAGGGACAGCGAUGAUGCCUGCUGCUAUGCUGCUAGCCACCGUUCUAGGCAUUGCCCUGCUGCCAGUUUGCAUCUACAGUCUCGAAAAUGGACUCGCCCGAACACCACCGAUGGGAUGGCUUUCGUGGGAACGUUUCCGUUGCAAUACGGAUUGCGAAGGUGAUCCGGAAAAUUGUAUCAGCGAGCACCUCUUCCGCACGAUGGCCGAUCUGGUGGUGAGCGAAGGCUACGCUGCCGUAGGCUACGAGUACAUCAACGUCGACGACUGUUGGUUGGAGAAGUCGCGUGGACCGCGCGGUGAGCUGGUCGCCGAUCGCCGUCGCUUCCCGAGUGGCAUGAAGGCGCUCGCCAACUAUGUGCACGCCAAGGGACUUAAGUUUGGCAUCUACGAGGACUACGGAAAUUACACGUGUGCCGGAUAUCCGGGAAUUCUUGGCUUCUCGGCGAACGAUGCGGCCCAGUUUGCUUCGUGGGACGUGGACUAUGUGAAGCUGGACGGUUGCUACUCGCUGCCGAUUGACAUGGAUCACGGCUAUCCGGAGUUUGGCCGUAAUCUGAAUGCCACCGGGCGUCCCAUGAUCUACUCGUGCAGCUGGCCAGUUUACCAGAUUUAUGCAGGCAUGAAUCCCAACUACUCGUCGAUUAUUCAGCACUGCAAUCUGUGGCGUAACUACGACGACAUCCAAGACUCGUGGGCUUCGCUGGAGAGCAUCAUCGAUUACUAUGGCAACAAUCAGGAUGCGAUCAUACCGAAUGCUGGUCCCGGCCACUGGAAUGAUCCCGACAUGUUGAUUAUCGGAAACUUUGGACUCAGCUACGAGCAAUCUAAGACGCAGAUGGCCCUGUGGGCAAUCAUGGCCGCACCGCUCAUGAUGUCCGUCGAUUUGCGUACGAUCCGGCCCGAGUUUAAGGCAAUUCUGCAGAACCGCAAAAUUAUUGCGGUCGAUCAAGAUCCGCUCGGCAUUCAGGGGCGAAGAAUUUAUAAGCACAAGGGCAUCGAGAUUUGGUCCCGACCGAUCACUCCCAUCUACCAGACGUACUACUCGUACGCGAUCGCCUUCGUUAACCGGCGAACAGAUGGCACACCGUCGGACGUGGCCGUGACCCUGCGCGAGCUGGGUCUUAUUUCGCCCACGGGCUACAGGGUUGAGGAUCUGUACGAGGAAGUCGACUACGGAGUGCUGAGCCCACAGACCAAGAUAAAGGUGAAGGUGAACCCGUCCGGCGUGGUGAUACUGCGAGCCGACGUUCAACCGGAACGCUUCUCCAAGAGACCGUACAAUCCCAUCUUCUAUCGCUAUCCUAACUAAGCCGUUUGGCAGUACAAAAACCUCAAUGUUUAGCACGGCAGGUUUACAGGUCCAAAUUGUAAUAACCUCCAGCUGCGCAGACAGCUCCCCUUUCCCCCUCCAUGCAAGUAGCAAUACCCGUGCACGACAUUUCAACGCGUUUCAGCAGAUUCAAAAUAUGAAACUAUUUGAUAGUGAGGUAAGAAACACAACACUCAAAAACAGGAACAAUUCUUUAAGGAUAGUAGUUUAUCGCGAGAAGCAGCGAGAGAUGGAGUGAGAGAUGACAAUCAUGUGCCAGUUUUGAUGGAAAAGCAACAAUACAUACACAUACAAGAACAUAUAAACGUAGACAGGAACUACAAUAAUAGAUCACCAGCUUUUGAGAGCAAUGGUUUAUAUUAACAGUCCACAGGCACCACUGCAGCUGAGUGUGAACAAGCUACUACACGCAGAUUAAUACUGGCACUUGCAAAAAACUUGUUGUGUUGCCCCCCAACAACACAACCAAAUGGUGCUCUCCUGCGUACAAAAGGUGCGCCGCCUUCCUUGCUUGCGACACACGAAGGGACACCCGUUUACCGGGGACAAAGUUGAAGCGCCCUCAGUGAUAUGAUUACGUUACGUUACGGUUAAACAAAGCAAAACAAAAACGAAAAACCUUUCUCUGUUCCCGCUCCUUUCGGGAUAGGAACCCACACCCACACCAACGAUUGGUGGCUAUCGAGUGCCAAUCUUCCUUGCCCAAUAAUCCAUCAGAAUCCGUGGUGUAUGAUCUUGGUACGUGCAUAAGGUUAGGUUUGUACAUUGUAUAAUUUAUGACGCGACGGGGAGGGACAGUCCCGGGACAGCGAGUGGGUUGUGUGAUGUCCUUGUGUGUGAGUGUAUUUUUUAUAUAUAUAUUUCUGUAAUAGUUUCCAAAACCAAUUAAUGACUAAAUCAAUUUGAGAUAAUAAAUCAAUGAAUAAAAUCCAUACGAAACACAA